UACUGAGCUGAAUCCUAGAACAAUAGGAUUCAGAAUCAGCGGGAGCUACCCAAUCCAACGCCAGGUGGAAGUGAAUCCGCAACCUGAUUGGCCUGCUGGAGCAGCCAAUCAGGCGGCUGGCAGAAGUGAAUCUGCUACCUGAUUGGCCUGUAGGAGCAGCCAAUCAGGCUGCAGGCAAAAGUCAAUCCACAAUAUAAUUGGCCCACAGGUGUAGCCCUGAAGUAGCCAAUCACGCAAGGCCCAUUGUGUAAAUAAUGUAUAUAAGCAGAUGGUUUUGGGAAAAGAGCCAUUCGUCUUCUCUUCUCCUCCUUGAUGACUAUGAGCUGAAUAAAGAGCAUGAAAUUCACUCUUGACUCCGAGUAUAUUUCACUGGCGACGAGGAUGGGAUCCUGCUGAGCUGACCGCCACCACGCACUGCACCGCAGCACCGCCACCUGCUGCACCGCUGCAUCGCACCGUGCAUCCAGGCUUCAGCUCCAGGACCCAAGGAACCCAGAAUGGCAACCGACAGCAGCUUCUCGCCAUUCAAACCAGCAUCAGGAGACUGGGAAGGGUACGCCGCCCGUUUCAACUUCCUCCUGCAAGCGAAAGAAGUCACCAACGAUGCCAUGAAGAGGGCGACAUUCUUCAGCGUCUGUGGAGAGGAGACGUUUGAAAUCGCCCGGGCUCUCCUUGCACCUAGAGAUGUCGCUACCGUCUCUUACAAAACAAUAAUGGAACGGCUGAAGGAGCACUUCUCACCACAGCCCUCGGUGGUAGCUUGCCGAAAUGCCUUCUACGCAAAACGGCAAGCCCCGGGGGAAACCAUAACUGGGUUUGUGACCUCCCUCCGCCAAGCCGCCCGGUUAUGCAACUUCUCAGAAUUGGAGAACAUGCUUCGUGACCGCCUCGUCGGUGGCCUGAGGGACGAGAUGUUGCAACGACGCCUCUACGCCAAAAAAGACCUCACGUUCCAGAUUGCUCUGGAGGAAGCCCUGGCAACCGAAGCCGCCGAGAGGUCAACGCAAGAGGCACGACCGGCCCCGCCAUCCCAACCGAGGGUCUACCACGAAGACCUCACCGACGAAUCCGAAUCUGACAGGGAGGAAGUACACCGAGUACAGCGGCGCACUCAAGCAGCACACACACCACAGCAGCCUCGACGAGAAGGAGGGAACUGUGCAAGCUGCGGGGAGAACCACGAGAGGAGGACCUGUCGUUUCCGCAAUGCAGAGUGCAGGCAGUGCAGAAAAUUGGGACACAUCGCCCGGGUGUGUCGGGCUCGACUCACCCGUCGACAAGCAUCAGAUGACCGACCCAGGAGCCCCAGGUCACAUGGCACCAUGCACCAAGGCAACUCGACAGAGAUCACGGACUACCAGGUAUUCCAGUUGCCCCAUCCCAGCACAGAGAAAAUUUAUAUAGAGGUACAGAUAGAGGGAGCCCCAUGCCGCAUGGAGCUGGACACGGGUUCAACUCUAUCCAUAAUCUCGGCCCGAACAUUAAGGGAACUGUGCCCUAAUGGGGGUCCCAAACUAAGGCCGGCCCCAUUCACCCUCCGGGACUUCCAGAAACGUAAGGUCCCUACUAUGGGGGUGGGGACCUUCAGGGUGCAAUAUCGAGGGCGAAAGCAACAAUUGGACUUGCUGGUAGUUAAGGGCCCCUACGUUAGCUUACUGGGACUGGCAUGGUUUGGACCUCUGGGGCUAGCCGUUACCGGGGUGAACCGCACUAGCUUACAAGUGGACGUGGACGCCAUAUGCAAAGAGUUUCCAGGGGUUUUCGAUGGGGCAUUGGGACGAUAUACUGGACCCCCCAUUGCCCUACAGCUAGACCCCGCUGUACGACCCAUCAGGCACAAGGCCCGCCGGGUCCCGUUUGCCCUGAAACCCCGCAUAGACGAGGAAUUGGACCGGCUCGUGGAGCAAGGAGUGCUGGAGCCGGUGCCCAACGCCCCCUGGGAAACUCCAAUUGUCACACCCGUCAAGCCUAACGGUUCGGUCCGCAUCUGUGCAGACUACAAAUGCACCAUAAACAAGGCUCUCACGGCCCAUGCAUACCCAGUGCCAGUGGUCAGCCAUGUCCUCGCCACCCUGGCUGGGUCAAAAAUCUUUGGCAAACUGGACUUGGCCCAAGCGUAUCAACAGUUGCCUGUGGACGAAGCCACAGCAGAGGCUCAGACGAUUGUGACGCACAGAGGGGCAUUCAGAGUAAAGCGGCUGCAAUUUGGCGUUAGCGUGGCACCAGGCAUAUUCCAGAAUCUAAUGGACUCUCUCCUUAAAGGGAUUCCUGGUGUCACCCCCUUCUUCGAUGAUGUACUGAUCGCCGGGCCCACACCAGAGGAAUUUGAGGACCGCCUCCGCUCCUCCGUCCUGCACCGUUUCCAGACGGCGGGCCUCAAGGUGAAGCGGGAAAAGUGUUUACUGGGAGUGCCGCAGGUGGACUUUCUGGGAUUUAAGGUGGACGCAGAAGGGGUCCAUCCAACCGGUGACAAGGUACGGGCCAUUUGUGAGGCCCCAGCGCCCAAGAGCAAGCCCGAACUUCAGUCAUUCUUGGGACUAUUGAACUUUUACCAUGCCUUCCUUCCCCAUAAGGCAGCGGUAGCGGAGCCCCUACACAGACUCCUAGAUAAAAGGGCCCCUUGGGUGUGGGGCCAGCGACAAAGGGCCGCAUUCCAGGCAGUCAAGGACUUGCUCGUCUCGAACUCGGUCUUAGCACACUUCGACGAGAGGCUGCCAGUGGUGCUGGCAUGCGACGCCUCUCCCUAUGGCAUCGGCGCUGUCCUGGGACACCAACUCCCGGAUGGAAGAGAGGUGCCGGUGGCAUACUUCUCCCAGACGCUUGCUGCAGCCGAACGAAACUACUCACAGAUUGACAAGGAGGGUCUGGCAAUCGUGAAGGGCGUAAAAAAAUUCCAUGAUUUCUUGUACGGGCGGCCCUUUACCAUAGUGACUGACCACAAGCCGUUGCUUGGCCUGUUUGCCCCUGAGAAGCAGACCCCCCAAGUGUUGUCUCCACGUGUCCUCAGGUGGUCAAUUUUCCUUGCCGGCUACCAGUAUGCACUAAUCCACCGCCCUGGGAAGGCGAUGGGCCACGCAGACGCCCUCAGCAGGCUACCACUACCAGAAACAGGCCCCGACCCAGCGCCUGCGCAAGAGGUUAUGACCCUGGAGCUGCUUCCCGACCGACCCAUUCAGGCACAAGAAGUUGCGCACCAUUCCACAAAAGAUAGGGUCAUCUCCCGGGUCCUGGACUGGGUGUGGCGAGGAUGGCCCAGCAGCAGCCCCGGGCCAGAAUUCGCUGGCUACACAAACCGCAAACAUGAACUGUCGGCCCACAAGGGGUGCCUGUUAUGGGGAAGCAGGGUUGUUGUUCCCCAGCCCCUCCGCAAAAGGGUCCUCACAGCCCUACACGAGACACACCCAGGGGUAGUGAGGAUGAAGGCCCUUGCCAGGAGUUAUGUGUGGUGGCCGGGGAUUGACAGAGAGAUAGAGGCCUGGGUCCAACACUGCCAGACCUGCCAAGAAUCCCGCCCGGAUCCCCCAAGGGCCCCAGUCCAGCCCUGGGAGUCCGCCCGACAUCCAUGGUCACGCUUGCACGUGGACUUCGCUGGCCCCUUCCAGGGAAAAACAUUCUUCAUAGUGGUGGAUUCCUACACCAAAUGGCUGGAGGUCGCACUGGUACCAUCCACUUCUACGGCGGCAGCCAUCCGGGUACUACGUAAGCUGUUUGCGACCCACGGGCUCCCUGACACCCUCGUCUCGGACAAUGGAACCGCAUUCACGUCAGAGGAGUUCCAGACCUUCACAGCGCAGAACGCCAUCCGCCACAUCCGCUCAGCACCAUUCCACCCUGCCACCAAUGGCCAAGCGGAGCGCAUGGUGCGGACCACCAAGGACAGCCUCCGCCGCAUGACACAAGGGGACUGGGAAUACCGCCUUGCCGCAUUUCUUCUAGCACAGCACAGCACCCCAAGCACAACGACGGGCCGGAGCCCAGCUGAAUUACUAAUGGGCCGGCGCCUUGCAACUAGACUGGACCGACUUCACCCCGACAGAGCUCAGGAUGAGGUAGUGGUGGGGAAAGGCAGGAACCCCCGGACAUUUGUGGCCCAGGACCCAGUGUAUGCAAAGAAUUUUGGGGCAGGCCCAGCAUGGGUACCCGCCACAGUCACCAAGGUGACCGGUCCCGUGUCGUACGAGGUACUAACGGAAGGGGGGCAAUGUUGGCGCCGCCACUGC